AUUCUUUUACAGGAAACUGGUAGAGGCAUGGAAAAUCUCUCUCUUUGGCAUAAACUAACUUAACUAUUGUUUUAGUAUACUUUAAUUGUUCAUCAGUAUGUCCUUAUUGCGAAAAUUUACGACAAAUUUACCAUCAACUAUGUUGGCAACACUUAAAUUGAAGAGUAGAAUUGUGCCGAACUAUCUACCGUGUUCAGUAAUCAGUGCAGUUUCUAUUACCAAUUUCAAACCGGUUACAGAAUAUCCAAAAAUCGAAUUUCCUGAACGUCGUAAAUUAAGAAUGUUGGAAAAGGUACCACAGUCUUUUAUUGGUAAUAGACCACAAAAAAUGAUGAAACGAUUAAUCGAUAUGAGAGGUCCUGAAUUGUAUCAUACAACCCUUAUCCAUAAACAAUAUGGUAUUAGAGCAAUUCUCGGAGGAAAGCUUCGCCACGGACAUUUUGAAAUGAUUCGAAAUGGUAUUGGCCGUCAUAUGGACGAUUCUCGAAUGUUUGCUAGGUGGAGAGUUGACGCCCCAUGGAAGUCAGUAACGAAAAAGGGCCAAGGACAUAGAAUGGGUGGAGGAAAAGGUUCAGUUGAUCAUUAUGUAACACCUGUUCGAUCGGGAAGAAUAAUCGUUGAGAUGGGAGGCUACUGUGAAUAUGAGGAAGUUGAACCAUUUCUUAGGCGUAUUGCUGAGAAAAUGCCCUUUAAAGCUGAAGUAAUUAGUCAGGAGAUGCUUGAUAACGAAAAAGCUAAUGAAACAAAGUUGAAAGAAGAAAAUUUAAAUCCACUUAACUUUGAAUAUUGUGUUACUAAUAAUUUUUUAGGCUGUAGAAAAUGGGCAACACCGAACUUUAUAAUGGAUACCGCGUGCAGUCUUAGAAAUGUUGCUGAGGAUUCAACAAGUGAUGCGAAACCAUUGUUACCAACUAAUCGCAGAAGCAAUCCCUCUGAUUCGUGGUUUUUAAGUUUAACAGAAAGUAUUCGAAUAGAAGAAACUGCAUCUUCUGAAUGUAAUAGUCAAUCGAGUCGAGAUAUUAGUCAUAGGAGCCUAUCAACAUUCUCAGGUGUUUUUAGUCCUGUUGCACUGUCGAUGUUCAGCACUUUGCUAUUUCUCCGAAUAGGUUUUGUUGUCGGCCAAUCAGGAGUUUGGGAAAGCAUUAUUCAAUUAAUUUUAGCUUAUUUUAUUUUAAUUAUGACCAUAUUGUCUAUUUGCGCCGUUUCAACAAAUGGAAAGGUAGAAGGAGGAGGAGCUUAUUUUAUGAUAAGCCGCACGCUUGGUCCAGAAUUUGGUGGAGCUAUAGGCUUACUUUUCUAUCUUGCGAAUAUAUUUGCAUGUGGACUAUACGUUAGCGGGUUUGUUGAAGGAUUGGUUGAUAAUUUUGGUCCUGGAGGAACAUUUGUCAAGGAUGGUGAAGGCAUUCAACAAGCUGGGCGGUGGUGGGUUUAUCUUUACUGCUCUGGAGUUUUGGCCUUUUGUCUGAUAGUUUGUCUCACAGGUGGCGCUCUGUUUGCUAGACUAUCAGCCCUUAUUCUUGUGAUUGUUACUGCUUCCUUUUUGUCGAUUCCGAUAAGCAUGUUCUUGAAAAAGGAACUAUGUAUACCCUUUCCCAACUCUAACAAUUUAUCACAUCCGCACACUAACGAAACAAAUGGUACCUUUCCGACAGCGUGCGGAAAUUAUACGGGAUUUCGUGCCUCUACUUUUAGAAAUAAUAUGAAUGCUGCAUAUACAAUUGACUAUUUAACUGGAAAAAGCAUGAAUUUUGCUUCAGUUUUUGCAGUCUUAUUUAGUUCUGUAACUGGAAUAAUGAAUGGGGCCAAUAUGAGCGGAGAGCUAAAAAAACCCAAUAAAGCUAUACCUAGAGGAACUUUAGCUGCAGUUGCCUUUACAUUUACUAUAUAUUUACUACUAGAGUUAUUAGUUGCAGGAACGACCACUCGGCCUCUUCUAGUGAAUAAUUAUGUAUUUCUGCAGAGUAUCAAUAAAUGCCCUCCUUUAAUAUUAGCUGGAAUAUUCGCUACGACAUUAUCAGCUGCUCUAGGAAAUUUAAUUGGAGCGUCAAGAAUUUUAGAGGCAGUCGCCAAAGAUGAAAUCUUUUGGAAGCUUCUUCGUCCGGCUACAAAAACGCUUUGUAAGGGAAAUCCAAUUAUUGCGGUUUUUGUUUCAUGGAUACUGGUUCAAUUAAUCUUAUUAAUCGGAUCCUUGAAUGCAAUCGCUCCUAUUACUUCCGUAUUUUUCCUCCUUUCUUAUGCAGCUGUAAACCUAGCUUGUCUGGGUCUGAGUGUAGCUUCACCCCCAAACUUUAGGCCAACCUUUAGAUAUUUUUCAUGGCACACCUCUUCCUUAGGGUUGGCUGGCUGCUUGGUUAUGUGCUUUCUCGUCAACCCAGUUUUUUCAGGUGUCGGCGUUUCCUGCAUGCUUCUUACUUUUGUGGCCUUACAUUUACGAGCUUUUCCAACCAGUUGGGGAAGCUUUUCACAAGCACUAAUAUUCCAUCAAGUUCGCAAAUAUAUGCUUAUGCUGGAUACUAGAAAAGAGCAUGUCAGAUUUUGGAGGCCUCAUGUCCUUUUAUUGGCCAACAACGCUAGAUCAUCUUUAGGAUCGAUAUUUUUGUGUAAUGAUUUAAAAAAGAGUGGAUUAUACGUUAUUGGUAAUGUUGUUGUAUCGAAAGAUCACAAUACUGACGAGGAUAAAGUAUCAUCGCUCUUACGUCGUUGGCUAGAUGUCGUCAAUGAGUUUAAAAUAAAAGCAUUUGUUGAGGUUACCAAUGCGUUCACAUUAAGGGAAGGUGCACAUCAACUAGUUCGAUUAAGCGGAAUGGGAGCGAUAAAACCCAACAUAAUUUGCUUAGGAUUCUGGGAUGAAUCAUCGCCUGAAGAACAUAAUCCAGAUAAUUUUAGGCGGAAAACAUUUUUCUCAUCUUCUCGCCAAGGAAGUUCACUGGAAAAAUUUGAUUCGAUCAGAGAUUCUUCAGAAAGAACUGUUGAAAUUGACGAAUGGGUUCAAUUAAUUGCAGAUAUAAUUGAUAUGAGAAAAAAUGUUUGCGUUCUAAGGUACACUAACAAGUUAUCCUACAGAGAAAAAGAAGGAUUUAUUGACGUCUGGCCUGUAAAUUUUUUUGAUCAGAAUACUCACGACUAUAUAGAUAUUACCAGUCAAUUGAUGCUUCAGCUAUCCUGCGUAGUUCACAUGAGAGAUGAUUGGAAAAAAUUCAAAUUAAGAUUUUUCCUAUGCGCCGACCAAAUGGAUGAAUCAAUUAUAGCAAGAAAGGAGAAAAAAUUCGUCAAUAUGCUUAAGGAACUACGUAUACCAGCAGUUGUUCAAUUAGUUCGUUGGCAAAAUGUAUCUUCUCUUCCUCUGGGCACUUAUGGAAAUGAACUAAUAAAGGAGCACUGUGAUUCAGCUCGUCUUAUAUUUCUUUAUCUGCCUCAUCCUACAGAGAAUUAUAAGUUAUACAGAAAGCAAUUGGACUUGUUAACUAAAGAUUUGCCACCGGUUAUACUUGUUCAUGGAGUUCGAUCCGUCGUUACAACAAGUCUAUGA